AAACUGCUAAAUCUCAUUCUGCAUUAUUUAUGAAUGCGAACUGGCCAGUAUUAGGAGGUAGUUCAUUAUCAGCUCAGACUUCUCAAUAUAUUGUUUGGAUGAAUAAAUGCAGAUGCCAAUCGAAAGCUCUUUAUGAAGAUACUAACAAUGAAUGUAUUCAAAAUGACAAAACUGGAAGAAGUGAAAAUAUAUACAACAAG